GUUUAGAUGAAGAAACGAUCAGUGCAGCUGCGUUCACAUUUGCUACAAAAUCACAAGUUUUGAUGCAUUGAACUCUACUCAUCAAGUUGAGAAGUAGCUGACAUUUUUUCAGUUAGAAGUUGCAGUUAUAAAAAGGAAAAAUGGACAUUUCUAUCGAAAGAACAAUCCCAACCCCUCUUGUAAAUUCAACAUUUUUCACAAUGCUACUUUGGUCUCUUACACGACAAAAGCAUUCACCAGAUACCGUAAGCACCUUUUAUAAAGACUACGAUUAUAUCAUAGUCGGUGGAGGAACUGCUGGAUCCGUGUUAGCAGCCCGAUUGUCAGAAAAGCCCUGUGCAAGUAUCUUGCUGUUGGAAGCAGGUGACCCUCCUCCAAUAAUCUCUGAAGUAGUCGGGGUACAGAAAUCCCUGGUGGGCACUUACAUCGACUGGAAAUUCUCUUCUACGCCUCAGAGAUAUACAUGCGAAUCGAUGGAAAAUCGAAAAAUCUCCUGGGCCAGUGGUAAGGCUUUGGGAGGCUCUGGUAUCCUUAACGGCGUUAUUUCAACUCGUGGUCAUCCAAAGAUUUACGAUGAUUGGGCUGAUCAAGGAGCUAAAGGUUGGAGCCACAAAGAUUUACUUCCAUAUUUUAAGAAGUUGGAAGCGAACCAAAAUCCUGCGUACAUCAAGAAUGGUUUUCAUGGGCGCUGUGGUCCGCUAGCCAUUGUAGAACCUCCUUACCGUUCCGAGCUGAAAGAACGAUUAUUGGAAAAUGCGAAACUGAUGGGAUACGAAGUUGGUGACAUCAAUGGUCCUUUAGAAAUAGGUUACCAUGACUUGCAAUAUUCAGCUCGUGAUGGCCAACGUUUGAGCACCGCAAAAAGAUAUUUAGUUCCAGCUGAACAUCGCCAAAAUCUGCAUAUUUUAUCGCAUGCUUUCGUGCGAAAAAUAAUUAUUAAAGAUGGUAUAGCCACUGGUGUAGAAUUUGAUUAUAAAGAGAAAAUAUAUGAAAUUAAUGCUCAACGAGAAGUAGUUCUUUCUGCUGGGACCUAUAACACAGCACAGCUGCUAAUGCUGUCCGGAAUCGGACCAAGAGAAGAACUCGAAAAAUUUCAGAUUCCGGUAAUUGCUGACUUACCAGUAGGCAAAAAUCUUCAAAACCAUUUCGGAGUUCCUAUGGUAUUCCUCCUUGACCCUAGCAUUGAAUCAAAGUCUGAAAAACUAAAGAGUGACAAAAGCAUUAUAGAAUACAUUCACCACCGAACAGGUCCUUUGUCUUCUGCUGCUUUCAUCAUAGCAAUGGCUGUAUUAAAUAGUAACAGAACACUUCCAAUAAACGUUCCGGAUUAUGAAAUAUUCUGGCAAGAAAUCGAUAUUCAACCGAAUUCUACAACGUAUGGUUUGCGGAAAGAAGUAGCAGAACAAUUUUAUGGCCCUUAUGCUGGUCAGCCUGCGUACGCCUGCUUUCCCAGUGUUCUUCAGCCAAAAAGCAGAGGUGUCGUUAGUCUACAGUCAACAAAUCCUUAUGAUCGUCCACUUAUCGAUCCUAAUUAUUUUCAAGACCCUGUGGAUGUUGAAAUUAAUGUGAAUGGUAUGAAAGAAUGUAUGAGAGUUGGCACAAGCGUACCAAUGCAGAGUAUUGGAUCUACUCCCAUUUCAACUUUAUUUCCGAAUUGCGAACAGUAUGCGGAAGAUGAAGACUCCUACUAUGCAUGCAUGACUAGGCAAUUCGUUGCUACGUCUCAUCAUCAGGUUGGCACAGCCAAGAUGGGAGAUCCAAACGACCCUACUACUGUUGUUGAUCCCAAACUUCGAGUGAAAAAUAUUGAGCGGCUACGAGUAGUGGACGCUUCAGUGAUGCCAUUGAUACCGACAGCUCAUACUUAUAUACCGACCGUAAUGGUGGCUGAGAAGGCUUCGGAUAUCAUAAAGAGUACUUUCAGAUGCAACCGUUUUGGAAGAAGGUACGGAUAGUUUACAUCUCACAUAGGAGAAAACCUAAAAAUCGUACUGGAAGGCUAUGUCUGAAAUGCUGUAUCCUCUCUUCAUAAUGUACAACCUCAUUUCAUUUAAAUAAAAUCAUGCUUUGUUUUUUU